CGGUUAGUAUAUUUUCGUAUUAACUGCCCUCUGUCCGGUAACUUUGAAAUAGAAUGUCAUUUGUUAUUGGUUACUGCGUUGUAGCCAUAUUGUUAUUUUCUUUCAAAGCCGACUUCCUUUGUUUUAUGUUCUAACCGUCAUUUUUUUUUAUUUAAACUAAGAAGAACGCGAUGCAAUGUUAGCAAUUUUAAUUUCCAUUUAUCUAUACAAAAUUCAUAAAAAUUAUAUAAAGCACGUGAAUAGUAGGGUAACGACUGUAACAGUAUCAGCAAAGAUGAUCGUAGAGGGGUCUUAUGCGAAGUUCCUACGGGACUUACAACAGUCAGUCAGUCAGUCAGUUAGUCGGUCAGUUGAUCAGCCGGUCUUUCAUCCGCUCCUACGAUCUUUAAAAUUUCAUGAAAGAGCCGUAGGUGUAUCGAUGUUUUCGGCGAUUGAUCAACAUUCUUGGACCUCGUUAUUGAUCAAUAAGAGCACAAAAAAGAACAAAACGAUUAUUAUUGUGAUUAGGAGCAAUGCGAAAGUCCAAAGGACUUUUCGCGAUCGUUUGCGGUCUUCUGUUGUCACUUUCAGUAAACACUUGUGGAUGGUCAUUGGGUUUAUUUGAUUGGAGAAGCAAACAGGCAGAGAUGCUUGAUUUAAAAACACGUUCCAGGGUUCUCAACUUUUUUCCUAUCCCAGUAGAAGAAGAGUGUAUAUCUUCGGAUAAACGACGACGUGGGAUAUGCAUGAACACGUACCAUUGUCGUAUUCAAAACGGAAAAUCACAUGGACCGUGUGCUCUUGGAUUUGGCGUUUGUUGUAUAUUUACGGCGAGUUGCGAUCAAGAGGUGCAAAAUAAUCUGACCUACGUGACCAGUCCUGGUUUCCCGAACCUCAUCGACCGACCCAUGAACUGCUCGGUAGUCGUCCGGAAGAUCGAUAGGCAGGUCAGCCAAUUGAGGAUCGACUUCAUACACUUCAACAUAGGUCAACCUAAUAGAAGAACUGGCAUCUGUGACGAAGAUAUUAUGGAAAUUAGGAACGGUAAUAGGUCGUCUCUAAAAUUGUGUGGGUGGAAUAGCGGACAGCACAUAUAUUUAGACGUAAACGAGGCCGACGAACCUAUGACCCUUGACUUUAAGCUACCGAAUGGACUUCACUCGCGAAUGUGGGAAAUGAGAGUGAUCCAAUUGGGUUUCGAAGAUCGUGCACCGGCCGGUUGUCUUCAAUACUUUCGUUCACCAAAUGGCACCCUUAAAACUAUGAAUUAUCUACCAAAUGGGAGAUUUUUAGCUGAUCAGGACUAUUUACUUUGCGUGCGUCAAGAAAGGGAAAUGUGUGGUAUCUCUUACACUCCUUGCUCGAAAGAUUCUUUUCGAAUAGGAGCUUCGAGAUCAGGACAAAUUGGAUCGAAUGCUACAACCACUGUUCCCAGAAGAAAAGCUAAUAACAGUACCAACGGUAGUAAUAACGUUAACGGUGAUUCUACGGACGUUGGACAAACGGAUCUUUUAAUGGAAGGAUCUGGAAGUGGUCCGGAUGAACAAGAGACUGUUACACCUUUAACUGUUAUAACUAGAAGAUGCAGAGACAAAGUUCUUAUACCUUGUGAUUUCGAGGAAUUUAUCACGCCCGGCAACAAUGGUGUCGGAAUUUGCAAUCUCGAACAUUGCGGCGAUUCGUUGUGCGAGCGAAACGAGCUAGACACCGAUGGAAAUUGUCGUGUGGAGACUUGGGCAACGCCCUUUCGUAUAAGGGUUGCGUUUGGUCCUGGAGAGGAUACAGGGACAACACUGGAGGAUAAUGUUGGCAUGUGUCUUAUGUACGAACAGCUACGAUGUGUACCUUAAACGUUUCAAUGGUGUGAUCUUGUAUAGAAGCGUUAAAUUGCGAGAGUAGAAAGGAGGAACAUCUCGUUGAAUGAAAUUGAAAGAGAAGAGAAAGAAAAGGGGAUUACAUUUGAAAGAAUUGAAGAGGAAGAUACAUAUUUGUAUACUAGACAAGCGUGUCAAAGAGUCAAAUAGUUUUUAUUUACAAACAAACUAGCUUAAAUCGUAAACGCAGCGCACAACUCUCGGUACAAUAAUAGAUAUAUAUAUAUAAUUCGCCUUUUUUAUUUUAUUUUAUUUUAUUUUAUUUUUUUUGUUUUAUUCAUCCGCUCGGUCCCCUCGAUGCCUCCCAAGAUUUUCGUCGGCGACAUUGCGUGGUAACGUACAACGUUCGUACGAGAUUCGACGCGAGAAUCUAUCUUCAGAGCUAGACGACUUCUUUCCUCGUCGAGCGGCACGUUACGGUUACAUCGUGUUACGUGAUGUGUCACGAAAUGCGCCGACGAUCACGACAAGGAUCGUAGCGAUAAUGAUAUCGAUGUUACAAGAAUAGAAAUGAUAAUGCUUGUUAAUACGAUUACGUCGACGAUGCGUCUUGCGUUUAAUGUAAAAUUCGUCUUCCUUUGGUGCUAAUACGUACGUUCGACGUGUUGGGAGAUUCCGCGCGUGUUGUUUCUCCUCUCUCCCUUUUCCAAUUUAUAAUAAUAAUAAAUAAUCAUAACGAGAUUAGCGAUUAAUUUGCGAUUUCGCAGCGUCGACGACUCGCAGCUCGACGUUGGCGUUCGUUAAGAAAAAUCGUAUAACACUAUCUACAAAGUCAAAAUGACUGUUAAAACAGUGUAGAAGGGCGGUGAUGAACGUAUGCGCGUGAAAGUGUGUUUCUUUUUAUGUGUACAUGUUUGUGUAUGUUUGUGUUUUCACGUGUGAUCGGUGUGUCUCGUACGUUAAUCGUCGGUAUGACGUGCAUCAUUCUGUGCAUCGCUUCAAUCCGUUCGAUCUGAUUUUAUUAAAAAUUUCAUGAAAAACUUUGAUAGUUCUUGAAGCUUCGCAUAGAUCCUUUUGAACAUCCUUUAGAUGCGGAUGCUUUAACUACGACUAAUUUCAAAAGGAAGGUGACCGAUUCUUCGCGGGCAACGAUACUUUUCAACUUGACUUCACCUUCGUUUUUUAUUAUCCCUAGCUCUAUUCUAUUUUCUUGGUAUAUCGUUGAGCAAUAAAGACGCGUUAAUUAAUAUAAUUACAAUGACGUUCAAGGGAUAUUCGCAU